AUGGAGAAGGACAAUAGUAAUAAGAAGAGUCUCUCGGAAACGCUUGAUUUCCGCCAAAUCAAGCUCACAAAUUCCCCUGUUUUCUCUACCACCAUUUUCGCGGUCAUAAUGCUGCUCAUUGUCGCGGGAACAAUUCUCUCAAACAUGUCUCUAGAAUCAACUUUCUUCUGGUCUUCACCGACCUCUGAGGUAAUACAAACGAACAUAAUCGAAAGAAAGUCAUUGGCUCCUCCAAAGAACAGUACAAGCAGAGACCGGAUCGCUUGGCUUCGGUCGCACCUACCAGAAUUCGAGGUCUUCAAGUCAACCAACAUCUCACAGCAGUUUCAUCACAGGGUUCUUAACUCUCUCGACGACAAAUGUGAGGUUAGAUUCUUCAUGACAUGGUUUUCACCAGCAGAGCUUUUCGGGAAGAGAGAGCUCCUAGCUGUGGAAAGCGUCUUCAAAUCUCAUCCUCAAGGAUGCUUGAUGAUCGUAUCAGGAUCCAUGGAUUCUCCACAAGGAGACACCAUCUUAAAACCGCUUCUUGAUCGCGGUUACAAGGCUUUCACAGCCACACCAGACGUUUCACUGCUUCUUGAGAACACACCGGCCAAAGCUUGGUUUCAAGAAAUGAAAAGCUGCAAAAGAGAUCCGGGAAGGAUACCGUUGUCUCAGAAUCUCUCAAACCUAGCGAGGCUAGCGAUUCUUUACAAGUACGGAGGUGUUUACGUUGAUACAGACUUCAUCGUCACUAGAAGCUUUAAAGGGUUGAAGAACUCGAUCGGAGCGCAAACAACAGUGGAAGGAGAUUCAAAGAACUGGACUAGGCUGAACAAUGCGGUUCUCAUCUUCGAGAAAGAUCACCCGCUUCUUUACCAUUUCAUAGAGGAGUUUGCUUCGACUUUUGAUGGGAACAAAUGGGGACACAAUGGGCCGUACUUGGUGACCAGAGUGGUGAAGAGAGCACAAGAGACGAUUGGGAACAGCUUCACAGUGUUGCCACCAGUAGCGUUUUACCCAUUCAAUUGGAUAGACAUUCAAAGACUGUUUCAGACGCCGAGGAGCAGCAAUGACUCGGCGUUACUCAAAGCCGAUCUGGUCAAGCUGAACAGAGGAAGCUAUGGGAUGCAUCUGUGGAACAAGAUCACUAGCAAGCUUAAGAUCGAAAAGGGCAGUGUCAUAGAUAUCAUGAUUUCAGACCACUGUGUUGUUUGCAGAGGAAUUCAAAGAUGA